CAACAGCGAGAGCCAGAAGAAGGCAGGAGAAAUUCUCUGCAAGGACUCAUUUUUAGGCAAGACACCAGCUGCUUCGACUAAAUCGGAUCAACUGAAAUGCUUCAGUUUCUCGCCAUGAAUUGGGCCUCCUUCUUUCUAAUAUUAAUGGCUUUCCUGUCCAGAACUCUUUUCUGCCAAGCUGAAAAUCCUGUCCAGGAACCCCUGCUAGAAGCAUCCCAUGGAAGAGAAAUAGAGCUUAAAUGCUCCCAUCCCAAUAUUCAAUUAAAUGAAAACAUCUUUUGGUACCGACAGUUCCCUAGCCGGCCUCCCCAUCUUAUCGCAAGCGGAUACAAGGAAACAGAGAAGAGCAACAAAGACGAGAGAAUUUCCUUGAUUAUUCCUGAUGAGCGAAAAUACAGCAUCCUCUCCUUCACCAAAGUCACCUUUGAGGACCAGGCAUUGUACCUCUGUGCUCUAGCAGGAAGCGCUGUUAAGGUGAUCUUUGGAAGUGGGACUAAGCUGGUUGUAAGGCCAGAAACCACUGUGUCUAACUAUGGUGACAAGGUGAUCUUUGGAAGUGGGACUAGGCUGGUCGUAAUGCCAAAUCUCAAGAAUUCAAAUCCUUCUGUCUACCAGCUGAAGCCAAAAAAAGACCAAAGCGAUCUAGCAGCUUGCCUCAUUACUGACUAUUCACCUGAUCCCAUCAACGUGAAGUUUAAUGGUCUGGAACCUGUAGCAGUCAAUGGCUCUGCUGUGGUUGUGAAAGAAGACGGCAAUAAAGAAUCGGCCAGCCUUGGGGUUGUCAUUUGGAGCGAAAAUAAGGAUCAGUUUGAAUGCUCUGCUAUUCACGAAGGCGACACCUAUGCAGCUGAAAAAGAAGGGGAUGCUACGUGUUCAAAAACUCCGUCCGACACACCAGUUUUUGAAACAGACGAAAAGUUGAAUCUUCUCUCUCUCACUGUACUGGGGCUGAGAUUGAUAUUUUUCAAGAGUGUUGCUCUCAACUUGAUACUCACCUUCUGGGCAUGGUCAAGAUGAGGAAUGACAGAAAAAUGGGGAAAUGUAACUGGAAUGUUGUAGAAGAAUCAUCUAGGACUUCAAUAUAUUUGACCGGACAGAAACAUGCUACCAGCUUUCCUGAUUGCCUGCUUGGAUUUUUAAACAAAACAGCUUCA